UUUCAGAUAAUAAAUGUCUCCCUUAGUCGCUUUCAUUAUCUUCUUUACAGAAUCAUAAUCCUAAACCCUUCACGUUGACGACUCAAACACGAAGCUCUUCAUCAUCGGACUACUUGUCUCGAUCAAUGCAAACUCUAAUACUCCUGACGAUCGCGGCAACAAAAUUUUCCCUGAAUCCGGAGUUUUCCUUCGUUUUCUCGUGAAAGAAAGUAAAUUAUCAUAUUCCGAUGUGGAGGAACUCCUCUCCUCCUCCUCCUCCAGACAUCGAAGACAAAGCCGCCAGCUCCAAUGGUGGCAACCAUAACCACAGCAAGGACAAUGAUCUAGGGUUCCAAUCGAUCCGAGACCGAUUUCCUUUCAAGCGGAACCCAGGGCACAACCGAGACCGAUGCAAGACAUCAUUGGAUCGACCUUCGUUGCGCAAAUCGCACCACUCGCGGUUUAAUCGCAAGGGUUUGUUGUCGUUGUUUCCGUUUCGGGGUGCUUACUUGUUUUACUUUUUGAUUUUCUUUACGGUGUUCGCAUUCGCGAUGGCAUCCAUGGUGCUUCAGAGCUCCGUCACGACUGUGUUGAGACAGGGCCCCAGUGAGAGGCAUAGAUCGAUAAGGGAGGGGAGCAUUCUGAGAUUUGAGCGGGGAAGUGUCUUGAAGAGUUUAUUGGAUGAGGAGGGACUUGAUCGAGAAAGGUUGCAGACGGGGAUGGCCUUGCAGACGGGGAUUGGCUUGCGUAAACCUAGGCUUGCACUUGUUACAGGAAAUUUGAAGAAAGAUCCACGGUCAUUGACAUUGAUAACUUUGAUUAAGAUUAUACAGAAGCUAGAUUAUGUGGUUGAGAUUUUUAUAGUGGAGGAUGGCAAAGCUGCAGGUUCUUCGUUGUGGCAGAAAAUUGGCUUUCAGGUUUCAGUUUUAGGUCCAGAGGAGUAUAGUCAUAUUGAUUGGUCAAUAUUUGAAGGUGUUAUCGUUGAUUCGCUUGAAGCAAAAGAUUCUAUUUCAAGCCUUAUGCAGGAGCCUUUUUGUUCAGUUCCACUUAUAUGGAUAAUUCAAGAAGAUACGCUUUCCAAUCGUCUUCCAGUAUAUAAGGAAAUGGGCUGGGACAAUCUUAUUUCUCAUUGGAGAAAAGCUUUUAGCAGGGCAACUGUUGUUGUGUUCCCAGAUUUCACUCUGCCGAUGUUAUACAGUAUGCUUGACAGUGGAAACUUCUUUGUGAAUCCUGGAUCACCAGUUGAUGUGUGGGCUGCAGAAAGCUACAACAGGACCCAUGACAAGCGUCAGAUGAGGAAGAGAAAUGGAUUCAGUGAUGAGGAUUUGGUGGUUCUAGUUGUUGGGAGUCCAUUCUUCUACAAUGACCUAUCAUGGGACUAUUCUGUGGUUAUGAAUACCAUACGUCCUUUGUUAAUAAAAUAUGCAAGGAAUGAUGUAGGAGGAUCAUUUAAAUUUGUUUUCCUAUGUGGUAAUGCCACUGAUGAGCACGCUCUGCAGGAGGAUGUUUGCCGUCUAGGAUUACCUCCAGGUUAUGUGAAGCACUAUGGCCUGAACAGUGAUGUGAAUAGUGUAUUAUUAAUGGGUGAUAUCGUGGUUUAUGGUUCUUCCCAAGAUGAACAGGGUUUUCCUCCAUUACUAAUAAGGGCUAUGACCUUUGGAAUACCAGUUGUUGCACUUGAUAUUCCCAUUAUAAGAAAAUUUGUUGUUGAUAGAGUUGAUGGAAUUUUGUUUCCAAAACAUGACCCUGGCUCUUUGAUGACGGCUUUCUCACUCUUGUUAUCAAAUGGGAAAAUUUCUGAUUUUGCUCUGAAAGUUGCUUCUUCAGGAAGGCUACUUGCUAAGAACAUGCUGGCAUCCGAAUGUAUUACUGCUUAUGCAAGGCUUCUGGAGAACAUGCUCAGCUUUCCAUCAAGUGUUUUUCUGCCAGGUCCUGUUAGUCAACUUCAGAAAAAGGAGUGGGAAUGGGACUUGUUUGACGAGAUAGAAGAGGGAACUGAUGACAUGCAAGACAUUGACAAGGAAGAUUUCUCUAGAGAUUCUAGUAUUGUUUAUGCCAUAGAGGAAGAAUUAUCUGUUCUUGUGAAGCCAAUUAACAGUUCUGAAAUUGUGGUGCAAGAUAUUCCAACUGAAGAAGAUUGGGAGGAUCUGAGGGAAGUGGAAAGCUAUGAAGAAUAUGAGAGAUUAGAGAUGGAACAGCUUGAAGAGAGAAUGGACAAAAGCCCUGGUAUAUGGGAUGAUAUAUAUCGUAAUGUUCGAAAAUCUGAAAAGCUUAAGUUUGAAGCAAAUGAAAGGGAUGAGGGAGAGCUGGAAAGGACAGGCCAGCCAGUAUGCAUUUACGAAAUAUAUGAUGGUGCAGGGGCCUGGCCAUUUUUGCACCAUGGGUCCUUGUACCGUGGCCUAAGUCUUAAUACACAAGCAAGAAGGUCAAGAUCAGAUGAUGUGGAUGCAGUAGGUCGUCUUCCCCUUCUGAAUGAUACUUUCUAUCGUGAAAUGCUUUGUGAGAUGGGAGGAAUGUUUUCUGUUGCAAAUAAAGUGGAUACUGUUCACCAGAGACCUUGGAUUGGGUUUCAAUCAUGGCAUGCUGCUGGUAGAAAGGUUUCCUUGUCCAUCAAAGCAGAAAAGGUUCUGGAGGAAAAGAUACAAAAAGAAACCAUAGGGGAUGUAAUUUAUUUUUGGGCACGCUUGGACAUGGUUCAUGGUGUUGCAGAAAGUGCUGAGCUCACAUUCUGGUCCAUGUGUGACAUCUUAAAUGGUGGGCACUGCAGAACUGCUUUUGAAGAUGCCUUCCGAAAGAUGUAUGGCUUACCAUCAGGUGUGGAAGCUCUGCCCCCCAUGCCACAACAUGGUGGUCAUUGGUCUGCCCUGCACAGUUGGUUGAUGCCAACCCCUUCCUUUCUCGAGUUCAUAAUGUUUUCAAGGAUGUUUGUUGAUUCUCUUGAUGCAUUGCAUACCAAUUCUGAUGAAGUCGGUAUGUGUUUGAUGGGUUCCUCAAAUCUUGAGAAAAAGCAUUGCUACUGUCGAGUAUUGGAACUCCUGGUCAAUGUCUGGGCUUACCAUAGUGCAAGGAAGAUGGUUUAUGUGGAUCCCAACUCUGGUUUUUUAGAAGAACAGCACCAGAUUGAACAACGGAAGGGAUUUAUGUGGGCAAAGUACUUCAAUCUUACAUUGUUGAGGAGUAUGGAUGAAGAUCUAGCUGAGGCUGCUGAUGACAAUGACUAUCCUCGAGAGAAGUGGUUGUGGCCAUUAACGGGGGAAGUGCAUUGGCAAGGGAUUUACGACAGGGAGAGGACAGAAAGAUACAGGGUAAAAAUGGACAAGAAGAGAAAAACGAAAGAAAAACUCCGCGAAAGGAUGCUCUCUGGGUACAGGCAGAAGCCACUUGGACUAAGAUAGGGAGCUUAUAAUUUGAAACCCAAUGGGGAAGUCUUAUCUAACUUCGAAAGUCUUUCGACUCCUGGCACCGCCACUUAAUUCAGUUUUUGGCAAUUUUAGCGAUAAAGAGAAGCUUAAUUCUUUCUGACAGCCGAGUCCUACCAAUGUUUUGAGUUCAUCUCUUCGAACAUUCUGUGAAGUUUGGGGGGAUCCAGAAAAGUUGCUUCCCGGGGAUUGAGGCUCAAUUCACUGAGCCUUGUUACACGAAAUUUCGAGCGGGAUACAGCAUCAGAUUUUUGAAGAGAAGCCAAAACAUUGACUAAAAUUCUUUUUACCAUUCAAAAAUUUCAGUUAAGAGGAAAUAGAUGCAUUCUUUUUUCACAUUGUAUAGAAAUACUUGAACCCAUUUUUUGUAGAGUAACAUAGCUGGUUUUUAUUCUUGGUUAUCUGUUCUUUAUGGGACUGCUUAGAGACAACGGUGCAUGAAUAAUUUUAUUA